AUGCCGGUGUUUGUAGCUAACAGCGAAACUAGGAGCAAGAGAGCAGUUGCUGUUCGUUUUUCCAAUGGUUUACUGAACGCUGAAGACCAGGAUCGUGUGGCUUUCAAGUGCUAUACCCACAAGGAAACCAGGUCGAACCCUGCUCUGGCAACAAAUCAUAUAGUUACUGCCGAGGUGGAUGGUAUGCUUUAUGUUGGUAAAAAUUUUGGGCCAGCAAACAGAUUCUCAACAGAGAAUUGUGAUUAUUACUUUGGUGUUCACAACAGAAAGACAGGUAAAAUCCAGGUGAUCUCUGCUGCUCUUUGUCAGCUGGAGCCAAUGAUAAAUGAUAAGCAGAUUGUUGAUGAAGUAGAUAACAAGUCUUUCAGGGAAAAGCGAGAUGCCCUGGCAAAGGAUUUUGGUUCUGGGCGUAACCAGAGAGCAGUCAACAAACGACUGAACAAUGUACUAGAUGAUGAUAUGAUUUCUGCAACUGCAGUAUCUGUGGUGGACAGUCAGCAUACCAAGGAUCAAGUGACUGAACUUAGUGAAACAGUGAAGUCAGAAACAUCGGCAGUGCCACCACACAAUAAGGAUGCCACCACACCUGAUGAAGUAUAUAAGCUCAAAGAUUUGAUCAGCUCAGAAGUAUUAAGCUCUAUGAGCUUCAAAGCUCAAGUGUUUGCUGGAUGUACACGAGAAAACAUCGUUGAGUGGAGAGAAAAAAAAGAAUAUUUCAGUUUUAUUUUGGACAAACUGGAAACUUUAUCUCUACGAGAAGAUGCCCGAAUGUUGCAGAGCCAGUAUCUCAUGUACCUGCAAUACCUGAUGAAAGUUUAUCUUAUGAAGUCCAAGGAUUUGGCUAGAAAAUUCCCUCUUCCUUCAGACUGGCCAGCUGCAGUCUCAAAACAUAUUUUGGAGACUUUUACUAGAGAAAUUAGUGAACCAGGCAAGAGAUUUCAAAGAUGUACCCCAAACCGGUUAAAAGAUCUCCUGCUAUCACACAUUCUCGUGCUAAGCUUGAAGCUGAGUCAGUUUUGUCUGAUACUGGAUCCAUUGAUGAUUGAUUUGAAUCUUUCCCACAAAAGGAUCACCACCCAUGCCAUAACCCUGGGCUGUACCAUCAAGAAGACUAAAGGCAACAUGGACAAGGAUGUCUACACUGCUGUGUUGACUGUACCUUUGAAAUUUCCAGAAGUCAAAGGGAAGCGGGCGAAGAAUAGAAUUUUUUGA